GUGGGUGUGCAAGCUUCAGAGUAAGUGCACAGAAAGGGAAGGAGGGGGUCUGGGAUGGGGAUCCCCCUCUGUAUUGCAUUGGUUGCACCCUGCUUGUGUACUACAGCAUCUGUACAGCAGUCACAUCACUACUAGACAUUGGGAUCUGCACUCACUGCACCGCCUGCAACAUUCUCUCUACCUGCAGUCACAAGCCCAGCCUCAAGUGCCCCCCAGGCUCCCCAGGAGGGAGAAUCCCAUUGGCUGUGGGACUGUCUGGCAUUCAGCAUCUGCACACAAACAAAUACCCAACAGCCACAAAUUCAGCCCCCCCUCCUUUGGAGCAUUGCAGAAGAGAAACUUUAGAGAGGAGGUGAUUAUUCCAUUUGCAGAGCGGCAGAGACUACAGAGCAGAGGGGAGGCGAGGAGACCCCCAGUCAGCACCACACACCCACCCACUCAGGAACCUGGAAUAUAACAGGGGGAUUUGGAAAGACAGAAGGAUAAAGCCCCUUGUGAGUCCUGAGAAGGAAGAUCUGCUUGUCAGAGAAGGCUGGAGUCUUGUGACGGAUUUAACACCAAGAAUUGAAGAGACUUCUGUGACUGAGGCAGAAGUAAAAGCGUGAGAAAUAUAUGAAGCUUGCGGUACAAGAACAGCUAUAUGAAUGACAACCAUCUGUCACUGCUUAAAGGAGAACUAAAGCCUAACUAAAGAAGCAAUCCAAAUUUGACUUCCUAUCCUGGUGUUCCAGUUGUGGGUUUUGAUUUGCUUCAGACAACAUCAUCUAAGGGCCAAUCGUUGUGGACUUUUAACCACUCCUUCCUAUCUCACAUAAGAGUGACUGGCACAGCGAGAAUCAACAUCAGUCACGCAGUGCCGGCUCCAAGCUGCGGGUGCCCUGUAAUGUUCUGAAAGUGGCAGCAGAGUUACAAGCCCAAUGGCAGAGAGAGGCAGGGCUCCAGAUCCUGCCAAUAUGGGGGUGAGAAGCCCCAAUGGAGGUUCCAAGUCUUCGCAGGGGGAGGACUAUGAGGAAAUAGUCAACUUGGAAGACGAAGUGUUCAAUCCCAAUAUGACUUCAUUUAAGCACGAAAAUGUGGAGGACCUCUACGAAUUGCUGGAGAAGUUGGGCAGCGGUCAUUUUGGCGUGGUGAAGAAAUGCAGGCAAAAAAGCACUGGGACCUAUUUCGCCGGCAAGUUUAUAAAGACACGGAAAUGUAAAGGCAGCCGCCUGGGUCUCGACCGGGACCAGAUUGAAAGGGAGGUGUUUAUCCUGCAGCAGCUGGAACACCCCAACAUCAUGAGGCUUCAUGACGUCUUCGCAAGCAAAGCUGAAAUGGUGCUGAUCUUAGAACUGAUCCGAGGUGGAGAGCUCUUUGACUUCAUAGCUGAGAAGGAAGCCCUGUCAGAAGAGGAUGCCAUAGAGUUCUUGGAGCAGAUACUGAAAGGAGUGACCUACAUGCACACCUGCAACAUUGCUCACUUGGACCUGAAGCCUGAAAACAUUAUGCUGCAAGAGAAGGAUGUGCCCCAUCCCAAGAUCAAGAUCAUAGACUUUGGCUUGGCUCAGAAGAUUGAAGAUGGAGCUGUAUUUAAAAGCCUGUGUGGGACACCCCAAUAUAUAGCUCCUGAGGUCAUAAACUACGAGCCACUUGGUCCCCCAACUGACAUGUGGAGUAUUGGAGUUAUCACAUAUAUCUUGCUUAGCGGAUUGUCACCCUUUCAAGGUGAGACAGACCAAGAGACAUUGACGAAUGUGGUGUCCGGGAACUAUGAAUUCGAUGACCGCAUCUUCAAACAGACCAGCGAGUUGGCCAAAGACUUCAUACAGCAGCUAUUGCUGAAGGAUCCAAGGGACCGAAUGACCGCAGUAGAGUGUCUGAUCCACCCAUGGAUUAAGCCACUAAACAGAAAGCAAGCUGUGAACAGAAGCCGCUCAUCUAUCAACAUGAAGAAUUUUAAGAAAUUUAAUGCUAGACGGAAGUGGAAGCUUUCCUACAACAUGGUAUCUGCCUGUAACAGACUAUGUCGCAUGAAGCUGCUGUGCAACCCAAUGAAGGAUGAAGAAGAACUGUGGGGAACUGCUGAGACCAACGUCUCCACUGACAGAACAUUCCAACAGAACCUGAAGGCAGUGUGAAAGUGACCAAGAGGACGAAAAAACCAAACCCGUAACACUUUUACGCAGGCGCUUGAGCAGCUGUUCUUGACCAGACUCUGUAAUCUCCAUCCUCAAGCAUGUGCCGUCCUUUUCCUUAUGUCGGCAGACAAGGAGUCCAGAGGAAGUCCCUCAAAGAUGGGUUGCAUGGAGAAACCACGAAGACUGAAGAUGCAUUGCUACUAAAGAGAGCCAAGUGGGGCAGUUGACAAGCUCCUUACACCCCACUAAACCUGACAACUUGCAUGUGACUCCUUUAGGUUAACUCAAUGCAAAAUACCGGUUUGUCGCAUGGCUUUACCCUAUCAGUCGGAGGAAUCCAGCAAACCUCUAUGAUUUCAUCAACAGCAGAAAACCAAACCCGCCUGAGUCCGGACAGGAAUAUAUGACCGAGUGCUUUUACUUUAUCACAAUGACAUUAUAUAUUAUCAUGUGACAAUUGCAUGUUUUCAGACCCUUCAGGGGAAACCAGUAUUCCUCCCUCAUAAAGAGAUUAUUUUAUUAAUGACGUUAACCUCCUCCUGUUUUUUUUCCCCUGAGUUUUUAUGAUUAUUUUAUUUCUGCUGAAACAAGUGGUUUUAUAAGCCAUUAUUUUUGUGAAACUUGCAUUUUCUCUUAUUCACAGUAAAAAUUUACAUUUUUUAAAAAAA